UGUAGUCUAUGGUACUCUUUACUCACAAUAUGUCGUUGACUACUGUUCCCAGGUGCUCCAUUCCACUUUUAAUAUGGCAUUGUACUCCUGUUUUAAUCUUGCCAAUCUAAGGCGUUUAUCUAGUGUAUCCAGUUCCAAGCAGCCAUUACGUCAUAUUAGACCUAAUAGUACAACUCUAGCUAAUGCUGAACCCCGGGACCAUGAGUGUUCAGAGGCGGGUAUAACACAUUUGUUUCGUUAUGUCCGGGAUAACCAUGACCGGCUUAGUUUAUACACUAUGUGCGGGUACAUGGAACGUUUACAUAGCGCUAACCUGGCAGAUAUUGAGUUGAGAGACCUAUUACGUAAGAAGCUGUUGGAUUCCUUGGGUGAUAUCAACAGUGCAAUGAUAUUAGGUCGUGUUUUGUACUUAUUGAGCAAGUUUGACAAUGUAGAUGAUGAUUUUUUUGUGAAGAUUACGGAUCACAUUUAUCGCAACCAACUGUACACCAUCGGUGAGUCACCUCGGCUAUGGUGUAGGUACUUCAAGUUUAUCGGUGACAAUCGGAUAUAUCACGGCCCACUUCUGGAGGUACUGGCAAAGCGGUACCACGAGUACCUGUGUCGUCACAUGGCUGAUGGCAGUGAUGGGUACCCUCGGCGAUUACAGGAGAGUGCGGCUAUAGCCGCCUGGGCCUUGGCUAUAACAGCUUCAGAUUUAUCUCUAGAUGACUUGUUCAGGUCGAUGUUAACUUUUGUGUUGCAGCCAGGCGUUGAGAGGCAUGUUUUAAUAAGAGUCUACUGGAGUGCUGCGGUUAGUGGCCGCUUACUUAAUGGAUUAGACUUGACAAGCAUAUCAGCUGCUAUUGAUGAGACCCUAUCGAAUCCCGAUGUCGGUGUGCGUCACAAGUCGCAUUUACAUCAGCUUUACACUAUCUUACGCUGUUUAAAUGCUUCCGGUAUCACUGAUGAUGUAUUAUUGAAUCGAUGUUUGGCAUCACUGCAUAGUAUGCGUUAUGGCUAUAACGACUCGAAGAUGUCAACUAGUCAACGCUACGUAUCAGAUGUACUAGUUCGAUUGGGGAUACCUCACAAGGUUGAGCUGUUGACUCCGGAUCUCCUAAGCAUUGACAUUGCCAUUGAGGGUGGUGGUGAGCGUAUAGCCCUGGAGGUGGACGGCCCGUUACACUUUACUCGUGUUUGUCAUGGUACUCAUUUAGGCCAACCUAUGUUAACGGGCCCAACUCGCAUGAAGCAUAAUUUUCUACGCUCUUCAGGUUGGCAUGUAAUAUCAGCUCCACCCGUUAAGUUGGACGACGUUGACAUGAUGUCAUCGGUGUCUUGUGUUGACAGCUUUUACAAGCGGUUACUACUGAACUCCGGGUCACGGUACUUAACUAAAUUACUGGGUUAGUGAAAUA